CUCCAGGGCGCAUCAAACCUUGCUCAAGUCCGCACGAGUGAUCUUUCUUAAUGUAAACUGUAUUUAUCUUACAAUAAUAUUACCGCGCGAGGUGUCUUAUCAUGUGAAGAAACCAGAGUACCCGGAGAAAACCCAGCGUGAAGGUCAGGUCAAGUCAUGUACCUUUUUGCGUCCGAGCCCUAGCCCCGAUAAUUAAGGGACAAACGAGUCACAUCAAGGGUGUCCCGAAUAUUCUAUUCGGAACCUGCCGGCACAGGACAAGGACCACAGUCGAACAACGUUCCCAGGAUUUGCAUUAUCUAUAAAAGACUGCACUGGAACAUUUGACUUUACUGUCAGCAUGAGUUCCGAGAAGGUCGACGGGAAAUAUAUUUGGGGUAACAUAUCGGAGUCCGAGAUUGUCCGACAAUAUGACAGGAAAGGCCGCGAGGUGGCGUGUGUCCAGGUCGACGACAUGUUUCGAACUUUGUACAACGUUUCUUUAGGCCAAGUACCCGACCUACGGGUAACACUAAAACUCGUACGAGAAAUGCGCAUGCGCACAGAUGACAUCUUGAUAUGUGCUUACGUUAAAGCAGGGACACACUGGAUGUGGGAGAUUGUCAACAUGCUGUUGAAGGGGUCAGCGGAAUAUGAUAAAACUACCAAGGAAGAAAACAUGAUCGACUUUCACUUUCCGGCAGAAUUCGACAAUCUGCCAUCCCCACGUGUCUUUAACACUCACUUCACCUGGCGCCAUCUACCGUCUGAAAUCAACGAAAAGAAAUGUAAAAUCAUUUUUCUUCAGAGAAACCCAAAGGAUACUGCAGUUUCUUAUUUCCACCAUCUAUACAAUUUAGGAGUUUACGGUAUUCCAGGGUGACUGUGGCGACUUUAUAGAUCUCUUCAUGAAAGGAAGAGGACCUGGGUACAAAAGCUGGUUCGACUAUACAUUGGAAUGGCAGCAGUUUACUGAGGAUAACCCUCACCAGAUUCCUAUACUCUCUCUGAUAUACGAGGAUCUCAAACGGGAUCCUGCGGCUCAAGUCCAAAAACUUGCCGAAUUCCUUAACAUACAAAGAAAUCCACAACUGAUCGCCGCCAUAGCAGAGAAAUGUGAUUUCAAAUACAUGCAAAAGGCUGCACGUGAUAAGAACGAGGUUCAUCAGUCUAUAUCCAACUACCAUACGCUGUAUAGAAAGGGUCUGAUCGGAGACUGGAAAAAUUGGUUCACCGUAGCCCAGAGUGAAGAGUUUGAUGAAUUGAUGAAGCAAAAAAUGGAGAAAUGUAAAACGAAGUUUGUUUAUGAAUGAUUUACUGCUACAUUAUAAUGUAAUUUGCCUAUUACAUGUAGGACCGGUGACAUACAAUGUUACGUGUUUUAAAGCAUAUUUGUGUCUUUUUUUUUUAAUUAUCAACUUCCCUCAGUGAAAUGCAAUUAUUUGAUAUAUUAAAAAUCUGUCCACCCUA